AGCCGAACCCCUCCCCGCCCGGCUUAUCUGUCAUCGUUCAACAGCCCCAAACCCAAACCCAAACCCACCCCAAUCCCAUUUACCAACACAACCCUAAAGCCGUCAAGAUGUCUGCGUGGGACACCGAGACCGUCAAGAUCGGCAAGAACGUCAGCCGCGGCGGUGCCGCCGCGCGCGAGACGGUCGUCCGUGGCCAGUCGGCUCUCAACGCAGCGCGGAGAACGGGCGCGGCCAUCACGACCGAGAAGAAGUUUGCCACAGGCAAUGCCUCCGGCGGCGUCGAGGGCCAGCGGCUGACCAUGGUGGACCGGUCGGACGACAUCGUCAAGCCCAAGACGGUCGGGGCGGAGGUGGGCAAGGCGAUCCAGAAGGCGCGGGCCGAGUUCGAGCAGGCCAACGGCAACAAGGGCCUGACGCAGAAGGAGCUGGCGACCAAGUGCAACACGACCCCGACCGUCGUCGCCGGCUUCGAGCGCGGCGACGCCACCCCGGACCAGAAGGUGCUCGCCGCCAUGGAGCGCGUGCUCAACGUCAAGCUGCGCGGCUCCGACAUCGGCAAGCCCAAGUUCGAGCGCAAGGCUAAGAAAUAAAUCAAAGUUUGUCGAUCGGCGACGUUCUCUUCCUUUUUUUAUUUCUUUCUUGCAUGCAAUACCUGGGACUCUCUUUCUUUCCUUGCAAUGACUGGGUUGGACGGCUGGGUUCU